AUGUCGGACAUCGUGGAGGACACUUUGGAGCCAUGCGACGAUGUCGCCAACGACGGCAACGAAUGGCCUGGCGCAGAGGACUUCCCGGGCGACCUUGGCUUCGACCCGCUUGGGUUCUCCUCAGACGGCUUCAUCAGCCAGGUCUCCCAGAUCUUCGGGGGCGACUUCAAUGUCAAGCGGUGGUACCGUGAGGCGGAGCUCAUGCACGGCCGUGCGGCCAUGCUGGCUACUUUCAACGUCGUCAUCAGGGAGACGCCGUUCACCGGCUUCAUGCCAGAAACGCAGGUGGAGCGAAACGCUCUCGUGAACUUGAUCCAGUUCAUGACUAUCCUCGAGGGCGUCCGGGGCUGGCGCCUCCUAGUGGACCAGGAUAGGAUAGCGGGCGACCUGGAUAUCGGCAGUGGGUUGGACAGGAAGAGGGGCGAGUUGGCCGAGAAGACCUACAAGGAGCUCCAGAAUGGCCGGCUGGCGAUGUUGGCCUUCGUGGGCAUCUCGGCCCAGUGGUCGGUGACGGGCCGCGCCGUAGGCAUCGACGUCAGCAGCGUCGUCGACUAUUUGUACGCGCCGCCUGUGAACGACCAGCUCAUCAGGAGCGUCGUCCUGAGCGUCGCCGGCCUGGCCAUGUUGGUGGACGGCGUCCGAAGGCUCUCCUCGAACAGUUCCGCCUCGAGUUCGAUCGCCGCCAAGGCGAUCAACCCCAUGAAGAUCGCAACCGGCGUCCAGGACCCCAGAGUGUCGCUGCCCGCGGGCGUGGUGGCUGGACAGCCCCCGCAGACGCUCCACAUAUCCGAGCAGCAGGUCGCGCAGUUCGAGGAGGAUGGGGUGAUUAUGGUGAAGGGUGGGCUCAAGGAGUGGGUUCCCUACUUGCAGGCCAUCACCGAUCACCAGAUUGAGAACCCUCACGUUUGGUCGUUGGUCGGACGCAUCAGCGGGUUAUCUGACAGCGAAACAUGUGGAUGA